AUGAGACAAACCAAAGAACAGGAGCAUUGUUACGUAGAUUAUGAGUUCUUUGUCAUGGAGAACAGUAGAAGGCGCGUCUGCUCUAUAUUACUGGAAAUGACAGAGCAUGGUGGAUCGGGGCGCCGUAAGUGGAAGAAUUCAUCAAAGUACAUGUUAUGCAGCAUUAGAGUGUCGCCAUAA